UUAUUUUAUCUCUGUGUGCCCUGUGCUGUAUUGUGUCUGUCUAUGAGUUUUACAGCUUGCUAAUGUGUGGGCCUCCGCUGUCCGCUCUGCUUCUACGACUGUUGCUGAGAGACAAAGAAGAAGUCACCCGGGUGCUGAAAGAAAGUGGCGAAGAGGCCUUUUGAGCAGACACAUCACCACAACUCAUUGUGGGACGGUUGUGAGAAGACACAGGAUGUUAGUGAGGGAGAGAGUAAAGACACAGCUUCAGGUUGAAGCUGAAGAAAAGCAAAAAUAAUUGAUACACCUCUUACUGUGCAUGAUGAGAGUCAUGCUCACUCCGCAGAAGCAAGCAUGGAGGAUUCUUUGCAUUGUUUUGAUGAGCACAACAGGAGUUCCUUUUGCACGUGAAUGUGAAGGCCGCCCUGCAGAAGUCAGCUCCUGUCCAAAAGGCAGUCGUGUCCACCUGCCCAGCCUGCGAUGCUUCUGGCUCUCUGAGAAGCCGUCCACGUGGUCUGAGGCUUCAACUUCCUGUCAGCAAACUCGCGGAGGACGUGUGGCAGCUGCUGACAAUUUGGCGCUCCAAAACUUCCUCCACCACUCAUUCCCAGUGAAAAGCACUGAGUGGGUUUGGAUUCAGGGAGCAAGUGGAGAUGGACCAGACAAGGUUGGACUUGUGGAGUCAGCAAGUCCUGCAUGGCAAGGUGGAGGCAGAGACAAACAGAAAUUGUGCACUCAGAUGGCUCUGGGGAUGCCUGGAAAUUGGAGGACAUCCCCCUGUGUUAAACAAUACUACUUCUUCUGUCAAAAUGAAUUCAAUGAGUCUUUGCCAGACCCGGACAGUUACCUGGUGGGAGUGGUUCUGAUGACUGGCAUCUACCAUCGUGUCCGGAUCGACCCCUUACCAAAUGUCCCUGAUGUUGAACAACACACUGUGGAGAUACAGUUGUUCCCGGGCUUGUGGUUCAAUCAUGCAGGUCAGGUGACUUCACUAGAACUAGUGGUGCAGCCCAGCUCGACCUCCUCUUUGGCCCGCAUUCAAAUCCUUCGACCCUACUGCAACCCCAACAACCACCUAGUACCUCCAGGUUGCAGUUCUCUGUUGAAUCCAUUCAGCUGCUGCUCAGUGGUUCCGCUGUGCAACACGACAGGGGGGUGCAGCACGGGCCAGUACUGGUGUCAUAUACUAGAAGCCUGUCUUCCCAACAGCGAUCCCUGUUCUCUUUACGCCUCAGCAGCAGUGGGACGCGGCUUUGCGUUACCACCCAGAUACCCAGCAAUAGCACCUUUUUACCACUUGGUAGCAGAAUUACCCUUGAGAAUAAGCCCCUUCUCCGAACUGCAAACUUUCAGCGUUCUUCUUCCAGAAGGAGCCAUCAUUGUCUACCCUGACGAUAUUGUUGCCAUUCAACACAAUCGUAACCCUGGAGCCUUUCUACACUGCCUCACCAGCAAUGCCUCCCUAAAUUCUGUGUGGCGACAGAGUUACCGAUCUCUUCGGGGGACGGAGUGGGGGGGCUGGUGGGAGGGAGGCCUCCCUUUCAUGCCCCAAGGUGAACACUGGGUGGAUGGGGUGGUGUGUGAUCUGAGAUUGCUUUAUGUAGACACACUUCAUGGAGGUAGUGAGCAUAAGCUGAUGGUGGAAACAACCACACCCUCUUACAUGAAUGCCCUGACACCGAGUGUAAGAUCUACAUUUGGGCUAAAGCUCAUCCACCCUCCACUGGAUGGAAAGAACCAGAUCCACAUUCAACGUAACGUUCCAACCCUCAUGGUUGUCAUGGUACGAUCAGGAGAGAAAGCCAAGUGUUCAUGGUCAGCUCCAGUGCUCCAAACUGGACUUCCUUUCAGUCGAACUUGCCCCGAUGUUCUGCCCAAAUGCGAGACCUAUUCUGAGCAUAUGUGGUUCUCUUCUGUGACUCUAGUCUUACCUUCAGUGGGGCUUCAGACGCUGAACAUCAGCGUGACAGAUGCAGUAAGAUCUCAGAGUUUGAAUGUGAAAAUGUGUGGCUACGAUACAGUGUCGGGACUCAGCGUGGAGCCACGUGGACACGAGAGGAUGCUUGUGGACAUUCCUCAGUCAUUUACAGCCCGAGUGGAUAGUGGCUCAUCUGUGAUAUUCUCAUGGGUCAUUGACAACUUGGAAGCAUUUGCAUAUGAAGGAGAAUCUUACAGUGUUGCGUUCAAGAAAGCUGCUGAGUACAAACUAAAGGUAACAGCAUCCAACCCUGUGAGCUCUCAGAGCAAACAGCUCCUCUUGACUGUCGAUGAAAUUAACCCACUGGGUGAGCCUGAGUUCAUGUCUGUCAGGGAGGUUGUAGCAGUGGGUGCUACACACCUCUUCACCCUCAGGGUCAAAGUGGACAUCGCCCUGCCAGCUACAUUUAGAUGGGAUUUUGGAGAUGGUAGCAGUAGAGUUAUCCAUACCGAGCCUGCUCCUUGUGAGACCACGGAGGCACUUGCGGAAAGAGGAGAGACUCAAGCGUUUGUGCAGCACUCUGUGAACUUUACCUAUUCGACACCAGGUAACUACAAACUUCAAGUGGGAGUUUCCAACCAGUAUGAAAAAGUACAUAAAUCUAUCGAGAUGAGCGUUCGUCCUCUGUUAAAAUGUCUCUUGCUCGAUUGUUUCCCUCUGGUGGGCAUUGUUAAUGAGACUUAUCUUCUCGAGGCCUCCACUGUUCCUGCCGCCUACAACAUCACCUACACAUGGGAUUUUGGUGACAAAUCCAAAAUUGUCCAAUGUGCUGACCAAAAAGUUGAUCACACCUUUUCAUCUGCGGGAGAUUACAACAUCACACUGAGUGCCAACAACACUCUUUCUGUGCUUAACACCUGGCACAUGGUAGAAGUUAUGGAGAAAAUAACUGGACUUAGGGUCAGCUGCAACGGACCCAGUGAGUUGGGCUCUGUUACAGAUUUCAGAGCUACUGUUGCAACUGGUACGAGGCUUAUUUGGGAUUAUGAGUUUGGCGAUGGAUCCAAGCACGGAAGCCUCACAGAUGGCUCAGUUUCACAAAUCUACAAGUUUCCUGGAAAAUACACAGUUAGGGUAAAUGUCUCGAAUUCUGUCAGCCAUGCACACCAGUUUAUCAGUGUGGUGGUCUAUAGGUUGGCUGUUAUAGGAGUGACACCUACUGAGUGUGUCAUGACUGGUAGAAACACUGAGUUUUCUGCUUUGCUGAAUGGAAAUGUAUCCAUGCUAGUUUUCCUUUGGCUGUUUGGUGAAGGAACACCUGUAACUGUGGUGACAGGGCAAUCCACAGUUACACACAUAUUUUCCAGCCCAGGGUUUUUCCAUGUUAAUCUUACUGUGAAAAGCUCUAUUGGGACUGUCUCAUACAAUGGCACUAUCUGUGUCCAAACAGCAAUAACUGACAUGGCAGUGCAGUCAUCUAAAGAUAUAGUAGCCACAGGGGAGGAAGUCUGUUUCAGGGUGUUAUUUUCUCCAGAACUGAGACCAGGUUGCCAAUUUAAGUGGUUCAGCAGCUCUUACAGUCAAGCUUCUAUGACAGAACAUACUCAACAGUGUUUUACCUUCAGUGAUGAAGGCCUUAAAGAGGUAUCUGUAACAGGAAGUAACAAAGUAAGCAGCAAAACAGUCAUUGCGAGCAUCACUGUUCAAAAACCUGUCAGCAAUUUCUCUUUGGUGUGUGAAAGUGAGACUGUGACUGUCAAUACAUUUGUAUCAUUUUGGGUUGCCAGUUGCACAGGCAGCAAUGUGUCUGUGCUGUGGGAUUUUGGAGAUGGUUCCCGGGCAGAGCAGAAACAAAAUGUGUCGCAUGUCUUUACCGCAACGGGUGAAUUCACUGCAACCGCCACUGCAUUUAACGCCAUAAGUCAUAAAUCUGUGACCCUCAAGGUGAAUGUCUUGCAUCCUGUUUCAGACUUUAGCCUUCAAACUAUGCAGCCGUACAGUGUGGUUGGAGAAGAAACUUUUAUCACAGCAGUUAGCAGUGAAGAGAGGAGUGCCACCUACUAUUGGACAGUGGAUGGUUUGGUGCCAAAACAAGGAACUUGUAAGUUUAGAUUUGUUUUCCCCAAAGCAGGAGUGUAUCAAGUGAAAAGUAUAGCCCAGAACUUGGUGAGCAGAAGGGAGGCAGUGAUUUUCGUUGAAGUCUUUGAGAGAAUAGAGGGUCUUCACAUUGAUUGUCCUAGACUGACAAAUAUGACAUAUUUACCGACCCACGAGGAUGUGGUGUUUGUCGCUUCUGUCACAAAAGGCUCCAAUAUCACAUAUAAGUGGCUUGUUAAACAAAAUGAAAUAAAGCAUCAGGUUACAGCUGAUGGAGAACGUUUUCAGUUUGUUGUUCGAACUCCUGGUCGGCUCACAAUUCACUUAAGUGCCUCUAACAAGUUGGGUGAUUCCAAUAGCAUUGCUUCUGUUCUGGCUGUAGAACAUGUAACAAGUGCACACAUAGCCACACGGACAGAUAUUGUGGCAGUGGGGAAGUUUGUGAAUAUUUCAGUGUCUGUCCUUACCGGUUCUGACCUGAAGUACUUUUGGUAUGUGGACACUGAUCUUCCACUCCUUGAGACAGAUGCCCCUUUUCUUCUUCACAGGUUCACAAGCUCAGGGCAUCGUUUUGUUAAAGUUUCAGUUCAGAACGCCCUCAGUGAAAGUAACGACACCAAAAUCUUUACAGUUCAAGAAGAGAUCGAAGAGGUGGACUUUGGAAUAGGUGGCAAGAUGUUUCCGUUUCAUAUGAGCACAAGUACUGCUGUGUCUUUCCAAGGGUUUGUCAACAAAGGUAGUGAUCUGCACUGGGGCUGGCAAAUUAGAGAUUCCAUAAAUAACCAUUUUUGUGCAACCAACCACACCUUUACCUACACCUUUCUCCAUGAAGGCAUUUACAGAGUGUCUUUGAAUGUCUCCAAUGCAAUUAACUGGCAGGAAGUUACACACAGUGUAAUCGUCCAGGAUCGAAUCGAAGGUCUCACUCUAAACAUUACCAAGGAUACUCUCUGUUCUGAGGAGGAAGUUACUUUCUUACCAACAGUCAAGAAAGGAAGCAAUGCAAGCUUUGUUUUGAUGUUUGAAACUAAAGACUGGAUGCAUAGUCAGAAUGUGGUUGAUGGAUUGUUCACCACAUCAAACCUUCCAGCAGGGACACAUAUUGUUAAACUGACAGCUUGGAAUCAGGUGAGCAGUGCACAGAUGUCAACCCAACUGCAGAUCUUGGAGAAUGUAAAAACUGUACGACUCUUAACCCCUGUCCACCAUGCCAUAGAGGCUCUGAAGAAGUUUCAUUUUGAGGUGGAUAAUAAAAAUGAGUUUGCAGUCAACUACACCUGGAUAUUUUACCUAGGAGAUACUGAACCUUUGUGGCGCAGAGGAAAAGAAGUCAUCUUUACGCCACACAUCAAUGGUUCAUUGUCAGUGACUGUGUUGGCAAGCAAUGGUGUUUGCUUCAAGAUGCUAAACAAGACUCUGACAGUUGAAUGGCCUGUUAAAGAGGUCCAACUUCUUUGUCACUCAAAACCAAUAUUUUCUGGCCAUCUUGUAUUAUUUUCUGCUAAAAUUAAUGGAGGGAGCAACCUGAGAUACGUGUGGAAACUUGGAAACUCCAUAAAAGAGUGGCCAACACAUCUCAGUGCAGUCAAUCAUACAUUUGACAAUGUUGGGGUAUACAUUGUAAUGGUCAACGUCUCCAACAGUGUCAGCCAAAUGUCUACACAACUAUGCAUAGAAGUGGUGGAGUUGGAAUGUUCCAACCCUCAAGCCUCACUUAUCCAAAGCCAGCCAACUAUCUUCAGAUCCAGAGUGAGUUUCUUUGAAGCAAGUGUGGAUAUUAACUGCUCUGCCUACAAGACAACAUACCAGUGGGAGAUGUUCAGAGUGUCCAAUUGCACUAAUGUUAAUAUGGAAUUCACUGGGAACAGAGUCCUUCUCAAUGGUACAACGUCACCUUUUCUCCGUCUUCCAAAGCAUACGCUCAAUGUGGGACAGUACUGCCUUUUAUUCACCGUUUCACUCCAAGGAACCCCUUUGCUAGUGCAACAAAAAACCACAGUCACGGUGGUCUGCUCCCCGUUGGUGGCUGUCAUUAAGGGAGGUUCACAUAGACUGUGGUCAAGCACCCGUAAUCUUGUUCUGGAUGGAAGUGCGUCUCAAGAUCCUGAUGCAGGCCAAGGCGAAGAGGAUGCACUCCAAUAUCACUGGACCUUCAUGAUAGAGAAUUUCACAAUCCCCAUUGAGAGCAACAGUAGUAUUGUGACUGUACCCAGUAUACAGUUACAUCCAGGCACCAUCUAUACUUUCAACCUAAUCAUCGAUAAGACGGGAAGGACACCGGUAUCCUUCAGACAGACAGUGACUGUGUUUGAAACACAACAACUUGCUGUGUUUGUGGAGUGUCUAUCCUGUCCAAGCCACACCCCCAUCAUCCUGUCUGGACAUUGUGGAGAGUGUGAUGACCAAGCUCAGUACAAUUGGAGCGCUGAGGAUGAGUCAGGCACGACAGUUGACCUCGAAAAGGUCGCCACAUCUACAGGAAGACACUCCUCUAAAUUGGUGUUACGUUCAGAUGCUGUGCUGCCAGGGAACAUGUAUACCUUCACUGUCAAUGUGACUUUGCCUGGCAGUGGCAGGUGGGGCAGCGCAAGUCAAAUGGUUGUACCUAACAAGCCCCCUAAUGGAGGCCUGUGUGAAUUGAAGCCGGAGUCGCACAUUCAUUCGCUGGGGACUAUAGUCACCUUCAACUGUUCGGGGUGGAGAGAUGAUGAAAACACAUCCUCUGAGCUCAUCUAUACCUUUCAGGUUGCACCAUGCCAUCCUAUAAUGUGCCCUGUUCUCACUCUGUACAAGGGCACCCGGUCAACUUUUGGCAGCAUAGUUCCAGUGGGGAGUCCUGUGAAAGGACAAAAUAAGUCACUUAUCACCGUUACUUUGCACAUAGAAGACAAUCUUGGGGCAAGUAUCCUGGGUCUAAACAGAACUCUGAGUGUUCAGACUCACGUAAAUGCCAGUGAGUGGCUUAGAACAAAGAGCCAAACAGAGAUGUGGGCCUUAGUCCAACAUGGCAACCCUCAGGAAAUCAUCCCGUAUUCCAUUGCUCUCACCAGUCAGCUCAACCAGAUCAUGUCUGGACAAAGAACCAGAGAGCUCACAAUGAAGAGGGAGAUAAGAGAAAAUGUUACAAAAGCUUUGGUCUCUCUCCCUAUUUCCUCCCUGAUGGAUGUUGAUCAAAUCAGCUCAGCUUUAGCCCAGUCCACUGCUGUUCCCCCUGAGUUAAUGUGUGCCAACUGUCAGGAGAAGGUUCUUGAAGCAGUCGGGAAGAUGAUUCAUGUAAUGGAAGAACACAAAAGUCCUGGUGGUGGUGUUUCAGCGUUUGACACCGGGAGGAACAUCCUUAGCAUCAUAGGUAGCUCUCUGGCUGCUGCGUCGUUAUCGGCCAUUGCUUCAAGUCCUCGUCAGAACUACUCCAGAAGUCUGCAGGCCGCUUCAGUCAUCACCUUGUCGGCAAUGAGCCAUGCAGGGGCCUUAAUGCGCUCCCUGAUGCAUUCACCCGCUCCUGGUGAGGUGCCCCUUUCGUUCGUCACACCUUACAUCAGUACAGCCGGUUUCAUUGGAGACCCCUCCGACCUUCUCGGCUCUAAGCAGUCGAAUCCCUCCCAGCUAUCAACUCCAGCAUGUCCAUUUCUAAUCCCAACCUCACUCACCACUCACCUCAAGAGUCAGCGCUCAGAGCUGGUGCAGGUGGUUUUGGGUCUGGAUGAGUCUCACUCGUUCCUGCCCGCCGCUGACCCUCCAAUCACCACCACCCUGGUCGCCAUGGAGAUAACCACUCCUCAGGGCGAGCCCAUACCCAUCCAAGAUCUGGAGCCUGACCAGGCCAUUAGAGUCACCCUGCACAGCAAGCUUUCUGUGGAGAAGAGUAACUCAAGUGGGGAUGGGAGAGUGGAUGGACAUACUAAUGGUACAUGUCCCACUGUUGCGCUUCCACCUGAGAAACAUUUGAACUUCACAAUAAAAACUGUGGGUGGCCUGGAUGACAAUACAGGUUUAUACAUCUCCUUCAACUUCAGCAUGUUACCAGGAGUCACCACAGAGACUCUGGGCCUUGUUACGAUAGAAAUGACAAGUGCAUCUCAGGAUUCCUUCAUAAAAGAGUGGCCUAUCAAUAUUUCGACUCUUAAAACCUUCACAGAGGAAACUAUAUUUCUGUCCCCACAUUUCGAUCGGACAGAGAAGACUUUGUCUGUGAGCCUGACCUCAUCUAUGGUGAAGGGCGGUCCUGUUGCCGUGUCAUUAUGUGUGUUCAGCUCUGUGUGCCAGUACUACAGCGUCAAGGAGAGGACUUGGAGUAGUGAGGGUCUCAAGCCACUGGACGACACUACACUCCAAACAGUGCAGUGCCUAACGCACCACCUCACCAUGUUUGGGGCCAGUUUGUUUCUUCAUCCUGGGGCCGUUGUGCUACUGCCGCCUGCAGGUGGUCCCAGUCUUAAUGUGAUGGUGGGGAUUGUAUGUGCUGUUCUGAUCCUGAUUCACCUGCUGGUGGGACUCAUUGCCCAUAAACUGGACCACAUGGACAGCUUGAGACAGAGGCAAGUACCCCUGUGUGGUCGAUCGGGACUGUACCACUACAGAGUGCUGGUCAAGACUGGUUGGAGGCAUGGAGCAGGUACCACAGCACAUGUUGGCAUCAGUCUGUAUGGUGUCAACAAGAGCGGCUCUCGCCAUCUGCAAAGGGAUGGAGCUUUUCAACGUGGCAGCCUGGACCAGUUUCAUUUAGAGACAGACGACAAUUUGGGCGAAGUUUGGAAAAUUCGAAUAUGGCAUGACAACACAGGCUUAGACCCAUCCUGGUAUGUUCACCAUGUGGUGGUCUGGGACCCUAUGACUGACCACAUGUUCUUCUUCCUGGUGGAUGACUGGCUCUCUGUGGAAAAUCCGAAGAAUGGUACAGUGGAGAAAGAAAUCCUGGCCUCAUGUCCCGAAGAACUUUCCCAAUUUCAGCGAAUCCUGUCAUCCCAGUUGCUUUUUGGAAUGGUGGAGCGCCACUUGUGGCUAUCGCUAUGGGAACGCCCCAUCCACAGUGUUUUCACCAGAGCUCAGAGAGUUACCUGUAGUGCUCUCAUGCUGCAUCUGUACCUGGCAUUGGCUGCUCUGUGGUACGGGGCUGUGGGUUCCGAGGGGCACAGUGGGCCAGUGUCAGCCAAACUGCUGGUCAAUAUGGAAACUGUUGCGGUGGGGAUGGUUGUUGCAGUUCUGCUGUUUCCUCUUCAGUGUUUGAUCUGCUUUUUGUUUAGAAAUGCCCACAGUCAGGUAAUCGUGGACAUGUCAGUUCCUCCGUCACCAGUUUGUUAUUCUGUGGAGAUGGAUGUCUACCUCAGCCAAUCAGAACUAUCAGGGCCAUCUUUCUCCAGCCCACUUCGAGACAGUCCCUCAUCAUUACUGGAGAGCAAAGCUAUUGACUCCAGCAUCUUGGACUUCUGGGCUGCUUCUGGUUUGGUGCCCCAAAACGACGACACAUGUCAGGACGAUAUUGCGGCUUCCUGGGCAUCUUGUGACAGUCUGCUUAAAGAAUCGGAAGUCCCUGACACCUGUGAGGCCUCACUUACUUUGUGCACAACACGCCAACUAAGAAGGAAAAAGGCUCGCAUGCAGCUGAACUUGACCCCACGCUCCUCUUCUGACCCACCUGCUGCCCUACUUCAUCCCCUCCAAAAAGACACUAUGGACUAUUACUCUUCUCCUGCACAGGAUCGGGAUAUUUCCAAUCCGCUGCAGGCUCACAACCACAAUAUGACAAACAUUUUGACUCUGUCUGAGGAGAAUCUGCUGAUGUCAAUAGAAGAAGCAACAGAGGACAGUGUCCAUUUCACCAGAAACAACUCAGACAGCGGUCGGGACUCUCCAACUACGGCCUCAUCAUUCUCUAAUGCCCAGAGCACCUUGUGUAGCAGUUGGUCGGAUCACACUGAGGAUAAAUACCUCCAUGAGCCGGAGUUUCUUAAGUUUGAGCCUCAUUCGUGUCCUUCCCUAUGCGAGACAAAACUCUACAAAUGUCCGUCUGUUCUAUCUAUGGACUCGGUGGCCAGCACCUUCCUACCGAGUCCUUAUCCUGACUCGACAAGAUGCUCCUCCACCACACGCAUUGGCAUCAUUAGAGGUCGGCGCAGCUGGCUGUUUCCUCCCUGGGUGCUGUAUAUGAUCUACCCACUAGUAGCUGUCCUGAUCGGAGCCUGCCUUGCUCUUGUCGGAAUCUAUGGCAGCCUCUUCUCCAGAACAGUGGUCCUCAUGUGGCUCAUAUCUGCGCUGUCUGCCUUCCUCACCUCAGCUCUCCUCCUGGAACCUCUCAAGGUGUGCAUUCAGGCCCUGAUCUACACUGUCAUUUGGCGACCUGUGGAUCCAGAGGUGGAGGACCAACUAGCCCAGGAGACCACAGUGGUGAGAGCAUUUGGAGAACAUGGUGGGAAGGUUCGACCACCCUGUGGCUAUGGACUGCUGCAGGCUAAAGAGGAGGCUAGGAAAGUCCGUGCACUGAGGUCACUCAUGAGGCAAUGUGUGUUCCAGCUGCUAUUUCUGUUGCUGGUGCUCAUGGUGAACUACCAGGACAGUGUGGAAAGAAGCCAGGGGCGGCUGUUGCACUCCGCUGUUAGACGCCAGCUUCACAGCGCUCCCUACGGUGACCUCAACCUAACAUCUAUCAGAAACUGCUUAGAUGUAGAGCUGUGGAUGAACAGUACCUUGGUGACCUACCUGCACCAAAACCCCUCGCUCCGACUUUUGGGGUCACCACGUCUCCAAUACACACACACACUGGGCCGGGCGCGGGUCACUCUGGGAAACAGCAGCGUGGCGACACAGCGAGUCCUGGACGACCUCCACAUGGGAGCCUUUUGCAUUAAUCAGCUCAAGACCCUCUCUUUGGAUUUUACACAGUAUCACAGAGAGUCCAGUUUAUUUCUAUGUCUGUCCAUCCAACUCGAUUGGACACAAAGAGUCACUUCUUCCCUCUCCAUCUAUCCGGUCCUCAUUCCAUCAUCGCAUGAAGGCUUAGACCUCCAUCUGGUCCUGAUGGUUUUCCUUCUCAGUUCUGCUCUCCUCAUCUUGUUUGGGGAACUGUGGUCGAUGGCUAAUGAGCGUUCUCAGUAUCUGUGUCAAGCCAAACAUUGGCUACAGCUCAUGUUGGCUGCAUUGUCUUUGGCGACAAGUGUGCUCCACCUCUGUUUUCUCUCCGAGGCCACUUCCUGUGUUUCCCAGCUGCGAUCUCAACCUGACACCUUCAUCAACUUCCAUGGCCCUGCUCUACUGAUUCAAAGGUCUUCUCAAUGUGCUGCUGUCUUACUUACUCUUCUGGUCCUAAAGCUGUUGGGAACAUUAAGAUUUGUGCGGAGGUGGGUUCUGAUCAUCAGAGUCCUGAACAGAGCUUGGAAGGAGUUGUGGGCCUUAAGUUUCCUCUUACUACUACUGCUUUUGUUCAUUACUCACCUCGGGAAUACGCUCUUCUCACGGUCAGUGGAAGGCUUUUUGUCCAUGCAUCAGGUGGUUGUUUCACUGAUGUCCAUUCUGCGUGGCCGGCUUGGCCUCCAAAGACUAUGCAGGGUCCACCCUGUCCUCGGUCCUCUCUAUGGACUACUGUUGAUGGGGGCAUGUUUCUGGCUCAUGGCCAAACUCUUAGGAGCUGUUCUCAUUCGUGCGUACAGGGCUGAGAAAGCAGACAUUUAUCGUCCAACGACAGAACCGCAGGACUAUGAGAUGGUGGAGUUCUUCAUCAAGAGACUCAAGCUGUGGCUUGGACUCACCAAGGCUAAAGAAUUCAGGCACAGGGUGAAGUUUGAAGGCAUCGACGUUCCUUCUUCCAGAGUCUCCCAGGAAUCCCAUAUUUCCACUCUCUUUUCCUCCCUUCCAUCUUCUCAGUCGCCGUCCUCAGCUCCUUCCUUUUCAUCUCCACGUCGCUUGUCGUCAUCCCUCUCUGUCUUGUCUGAGGAGUUUUCACUUUCUGAACAAGGGUUUGACGUCCAACCUUUCCUGGACCACCUGCUGCCGUGUGUCAAUGCUUUGCUAUCUCAGUUUGAUCGGGUCACCCAGAUAACUGAGGAUGUGCACAACCUGGAGAGUGAAUGUAGAGCUCUGUGUAGGAGAAAGAAAAGUAAGAUCGGUAACAAGGAGAAAUGUGAGGACAGAUUAAAAAAAUCAGCAAAUCCAAAGGAUCAGGAAUGUGAUGGGAGGACUAAAGGUGAAGUAAGACGCAGGAGGACAGGUUUGCUUUACGCUAAUCCACAAAAAUCCAUUUCAUCCAUGUUUCCUUUCACUCCUUCCACAAUUCAACCCCCUGAUGCACCAGUCCACCUCUGCCCACGGACAAGGAGCUCUCACUCAGAAUCUGAAUCAUUACAUCGACAGUAUCACAUGUCUAGUGACACAACUGAAGCAGCAAAGCACGCAACAGGAAUCUACAGCUUGCAUCCUGUAAAUUCUCCUGCUUUUAUUAGUUUUCCCAAGAGGAGAGCGUGGCAUUCUGGAAGCUCUCACUCAGCUGAUGCAGCUCAAAGGUUGUGGCUAAAACAAGGCGGUGUUGCCCCAUGUGGCAGUUUUGCUCUCACCUUCAACCGACCAAAUAGCGAAGAGGGCAUAAGCAGACGUAUCAGCGAUGGGGCGCCGAAAAAGAGGAAGGCUUGGAUCUCUGAGGGACCCUCUUAAACAUUUUCACAUCAAAAUUAUCUACAUUUUGGAACCGGUGAAACAUAGAGGAAUUUCUUUGGAGAAUAAAGACGAGAGACAACAGGGUCUCAAUUUUGUCAAUUACAUUUUUGCAAUAAUUACUUCCCCUAAGCUUGCCAAACACAAGUGAAAAAUAGUUUUUCCUAUUAUGCUUUCAGUGUACGUGUUUGGAUAUUGGAAUAUUUGAAGGAAAAGAAACUAAAAAGUUGUAAUGCCAUGUGAAAAAUCUUUCUAACUAGUGUAUCCUAUUUUUUCAGUUUUUAUUAAGAAAGUGUUUGACAUCUUGUAACACUCCAUAUUUUUUAAACAUGUUUUUUUAAAAUCCAUUCAUCCAUCGAUUCUCAACACUGUUUAUCCUAUUCACGGUCGCAGGGCGCUGAAGCCUAUCCUAGCUUACUUCGGGCGAAAGGCUCACAUUCACACUGUCACUGAGUGGGAACUGAACCCACGCUGCCUGCGCCCAAGUCAGGUGAAUGUACAACUACACCAACAGUGACAAAUUGUAAAACAAUUUAACAAUUUUACUAUUUAAAAAAAUAGUGUGAACAUUUGUAUCAUUCAAUUUUUAUUUUAUUUUUUUAUAAUUUCCUUUCUCUACACCGCUUAGCCAGUUCAGGGUUGUGGGGAGCUGGAGCCUAUUCUGGGCAAAAGGUGGACUGGUCAGUCAAUCAUAGGACAUACAUUUACGUACAUUUUUUGCAAUAUAUAUUUUUUUCGAAUUAAAAGAAAUGUGUGAUAGGUUUUAACAUAACACAUAUAUUGUAAUACCUUGUAACAAUAUGUUUUACUUUAAAACUAAAUCAUGUGAUAUCCUGUAACAUCAAACAUUGUUUUGCAUUUUUUUGAACA